GUUAUCAGUGCAGGACCAAGCAUGGCUCCAAAUACAAACCUGGAGAUAAUGAUACCUAACGCAUUUCCACCCAAUGACUUAAAAUUAUUCAACAUACUGGAUAUCAAGUACUGCAUGAAAAAUGACAGCCUCUGCUUACAAAUAUACUGCAAGCUUGGAAACAUGGAGAGUGGGAAAGAAGCAACCAUUCAGUUGCAGCUGGAGGCUACCCCUGCCCUUUUAGAAAUGGAUGAUGCAACAGCAUUGAAGUUUGAAGUAAGAGCGACAGCCUCACCAGAAAAAAAUGCAAAAGUUAUUGAGCUUCACAAGGACAAGCAAGUUGCAUAUGUCUAUUUGGAAGGAGUGCACCACCAAAAGCCAAAAUACCAUGUCACUGUGCUAAUUAUUGGAAUAGGCUUAAUAGUUGGUGUUACCUUGUUUUUGCUUCUCUCAUUUAUAUUAUGGAAGAUUGGCUUUUUCAAAAGGCAAUACAAACCGGUCUCUCAAGACAAGAACAGAAGAGAGAGCUGGAGUUUUACAAGUGGGAACAAAAAUGACUAA